AUGGGCGAUGAGUCAUCAGAAUUUGAAGCUUUGCGGCAAUUCAUUAGAGCUGUUGAUCCUCAACAUGUACUCAGCAUUGGCUACAAUGUGCCUAUGCAGCGAAAUCCCUGCAUGCAUAAGUUGAAGGGUGUGAAAUGCAACUCACAGGGUACCUCGGUAACGGAAAUCAGGCUUGAAGAUCUGAAUCUUAGGGGCAUGCUUGAUGUAGAUUCACUAUGUAAGCUCCCAAAUCUUCAAUAUGUUAGCUUAGCAAGAAACCAAAUCCGGGGAACUAUUUCUAAGUCAAUAGUGCACUGCACAAGGCUAACCUAUUUGAAUCUGAGGAGCAAUGUUUUGAGUGGGAGGAUACCUAAAAAGGCUCUGAGUAAAAUAAAAGAUCUAAGGAGAUUGGACAUUUCUGACAAUCAUUUUACUACCACCAGCCCACUUUUGAAAGAGGAAUUUCAGCAUUAUACAUAUGCUAUGGAGUCGGUGACCAUAAUGGCAGCCUCAGAUAGCCCAACUAGUGGGAAUCCUAAUCCUCCCGGUAAAUCGUGGUACAAGAGAUACAAGUUCAUGAUACCAUUAGUUGUUGGGAUUGGCUUCUUUCUCUUGUUCACAUACUUCGCAGGGAGGAAGGCGGCGAAGUUAGCUGCAGAUAGGGAGAUUAUGAAGUCGCUUCGAGACUCACCACACAAAAUGCCUCUUCCUAAGAUUCAAGAGGAAGAGAAGCCAUUAGAAAAUUGCUCAGAGCUUGUGUUCUUUGUUGAAGAACACGAGAGCUUUAAAUUGGAGGACCUCCUUGAAGCCACAGCUGACUUGAGAAACCAGACCUUUCGCAGCAGCCUUUACAAGGUAAUACUCAAGAACAAUGCUCUAUACGCAGUCAAAAGGUUGAAGAAAUUGCAGGUACCCUUUGAGGAGUUUGGCCAAACAAUGAGACAGAUAGGGAACCUAAAGCAUCCAAACAUUCUACCUCUUAUUGGUUACAAUUCUAGCAAUGAAGAAAAACUUCUGAUCUACAAGUUUCAAACCAAUGGAAGUCUGCUAAACCUGCUUGAGAGCUACAUAGAGGGUAAGAGGGAUUUUCCAUGGAGGGUUCGGCUAACCAUAGCGCGCGGCAUUGCAAGGGGCCUAGCCUUCAUAUAUCAGAGAUCUGAUGAGUGCAUCCCUCAUGGGAAUCUCAAGCUCUCAAAUAUCCUCUUGGAUGACAAGGAGGAACCCCUAAUUAGCGAAUACGGGUUUUCAAGAUUCUUCGACCCCAAGAAAGGAUGUGUCAUUUCCUCCAAUGGUUACACAGCCCCUGAGAAAAUGUUAUCUGAAAAGGGUGAUGUUUAUAGCUUUGGAGUGAUUCUUCUGGAGUUGUUAACAGGCAAAACAGUGGAAGGAACUGGUAUAGAUCUUCCUAAGUGGGUCACUGCCAUGGUUAAGGAAGAAUGGACAGGAGAGGUUUUUGACAAGGAGGUUGCUAAAGCUGCAAAAGAAUGGGCCUUUCCUCUGCUCAACAUUGCCCUAAAAUGUGUAUCGGCUUCCCCCACAAACAGGCCAACUGUGGCAGAAGUUUAUGAGAGGAUUGAAGAGGUUAUGCAUGACAAUUCGAAUUCAUCGGAUUGCACAACCGAGUGCGGCGCCUAUCAAGACAACUGCUGCAUGCUUCACUCCAUCAUACCUGAGACCUGGGACAGUCCUGGAUCAAAUUACUAG